UGGUAGAAAGUAGCUUAUCAUACUCAUGUGCCCGCUGCAUGCAUCGAGGAGGAGGGUUUUUAUUAUAGACCCUAGUCUAGUAGCUGCUGCAGCACACACACACGCGGUUGUAGCUAGCUAGCUGGUUAGCACCGCGGAAUUUAAAACCUGAUAUUGUAAUAUAUAUUCGGUGGCAUUAAAAAUGAGCGAUAACGGCAAAGGUUACGGCGAUCGGGUACGUAUGGUCUCUGUGACGGCUUUAUAACGUUUUAAUUGAGCUAGCGUUACUGCUGAAAUGAUAACACUAACGUUACGUUAACAGUCUUCACAUUGUGUGGACUAACGUUAGCUAGCGAGCUAGCUAGCUAGCUAGCUAGCUCCACUCUCCAGACAAAAUAUCACUGGAUUAUUUUAUGAAACAUGAACAUGUCAAUUUUAUUUUAGAUUUAUUUAUAUUAACGCUAGAUGUCUCCACGAGGGCAAGCCAAUGUAACGUUACUGUAAAUUAUAACUGCUGCUAAUACCCGUUAGCUAGCUCACUAGCUAGCUAGCUAACGCUGAUCAACGUUAGCUAGGCCGAAACCAUGUUAUUAAAACCCUAAUCGUUAAAGAAUGAGUCAUUUGGACAUUUAGCAUAACGUUGGCAAAUGUCGUUAUUUAAGCAGUCAGACGUACGAGCUGAAUAUCUUGAAUAGCUAACUGUAAUUCUACAGUGUGCAGAAACUAUAACGUCAAAGAAUACCAUUUUAUAUCGGUAUAAGGCUCAUUCUGUAUCUGAAACUUGAAUUAUGGUUUCUCUCGUAUUACUUAUGGCAACAAUAUGUCAACAAACGGCCUCAAGAUGUCUUCUUAUUAAUUUGCAUGAGGUAACUCACACGUUCAGCCCUCGUGUUGCAUAGUAGUUUUAGUAAAAGUAAAUGGUUAAUACAAGGUCACAAUGUGUUUGUGUGCGUGUCAAGAAAAUGUAUUUUUACUCCCAAGAUGUCAUGUCUGUUAUGUCUGUGCUGAUGAUGCAAGUUAACACGAUUGAUUGGCAGAAGCAUCUUGAGGUCGUUAGGGAUAAGUUAGGCCGAAUUGUUUUUGUUUUAUCACUGUUUGUGGGGUUUAAUGUUUAGUAAGUAUUAUACACAUUCAGUGGUUUGACGUACUUUAGAGGCCACUUUACAUACAUUCUUUGAACACAAUAUAUGUAUUGCAAAAGGAAUUGUAAGUUAAAAAUGUGAGGUAAACAUAGCUCAUAUUGUUUGUCAUGUGUUUGACAUUUUAAAAAACCCAACCAAGAUGCCUCUUAGAGGUUCAAAAUGAAAGUGGUCGAUAUGACAUAUCGGUAAAUAUAGAACCACUGAAUGUGAAAUAUUUAUUGAACUUGAAAUCAAAAGAUUGUGUGGUCUUAAACAUUUCCAUGCAUGUCAUAGGAUAUAAUAACACUAAGUUGAAUGAGGGUGCCGUUUUUAAUCGUAGUCAUAUAUUCUCCAUCCUUUUCUUUUUCAUAAAGGUUAAGAAGAAAGUGCGGAAGAAGUCCACUUAAUUUUCAAUAAUAUGAAGCUCUGAUGUGUGAAGCUCAAUUGUUGAGUGCAUGCUAAAACAUGAGGAGGGAAGAAGUAUGGGCAGUGUGUGAGAUGGGGGAAGUAAGAAGAAGUAAAACAAUUGAAGAAAGAAGAAUAAUGUGAAGUAAUGAAGUUACAGAAAUGAAGUCGGUAAUCUGGAUAAGGCCACAGCGCUAAGUAAUUUUCUGGUCUGUUUGUCAAAUGCGUGCAUGUUCUUGUUAUUGAAUACAACAAGCAGUUUAAAUCAUUGCAAUUUUUUUACACAACUGACAAAUUACUGUUAUUUCAUCAUGUUGCCAAUAUAAUUGAAUUGAUUUAAUGUAAUUCUGUUGCUAUCAUAUUAUCCAUGUCAACCAAAUAGCAUUUACCUGCAUUCCUAAUCCACUAUCCUGUUUUCUGUACUUUUUACAGGAUAGUCUUAAUUACUACAUAGAAUUAUUUAGGCAAAUUUCUCAGCCUGUCCUCUCAAUGACGCUGAUAAGAGGUGUGUUGGUGUGUGUGUGUGUGUGUGUGUGUGUGUGGUUCGUUCAGGAGUCUCGCUCUGCGUCCAGGAGUGUGAGUCAAAGGGGCUCCGGGAAGUCGGCAAGCCGGUCACCCGCCCGGUCACCUGCCCGCUCGAAAGAAGGCUCCCGCCACUCCCGCUCUAAAUCUCGGUCUCGGUCCAGGUCAAAAUCAGGGUCUCACUCCCAUCGGGGCUCACGGAGACACUAUAGCCGAUCUCGCUCCCGCUCGAGGUCCUAUCAUCGGCGGUCUCACAGUCGGUCCUACAGUGGAGAGCGCCGGCGCAGGAGUCACAGCCGCUCACCGAUGUCCAACCGCCGCAGGCACAUCGGCAAUCGCGCUAAUCCGGACCCAAACGGUUGCGUGGGAGUGUUUGGCCUGAGCUUGUACACCACAGAGAGGGAUCUGAGGGACGUCUUCUCUAAAUACGGCCCCCUGGCGGACGUCUCUAUCGUGUAUGACCAGCAGUCGAGGCGCUCCAGGGGCUUUGCUUUCGUCUACUUCGAGAACAACGGUGACGCUAACGAGGCAAAGGAACGAGCCAAUGGCAUGGAGCUGGAUGGUCGAAGGAUCAGAGUGGACUUCUCCAUUACAAAAAGACCUCACACCCCUACCCCUGGAAUCUACAUGGGUCGGCCCACAUAGUAAGGCGUCUUAGUGUUUGAUUCGAUUUUCUUCUCAUCUAUCAAAGAUAAAGAUGAAUACUUACACAGUUUUUUUUUUUUUAAUGCUUUAUUUAUAUAUAUUUUUUAUUUAUCAGAUAAGACAUUGAGAUAAGCCAUCUCAAGGAAAAAAUAUUUCCAGAAAGAUAAAGAAUAUUGUAAAGAAAAAACAACACUACAGCAUUCGAA